ACAGGGUUGUGUGAAAGCCUCUGUGCUCCCUACCACCCUCAAACCAAUGGCUUGGUGGAAAAGCUAAACGGCACAAUUCAAGGAGCUUUGAAGAAAAUGGUGCAGGACCACCCAAGUGACUGGGACAAGUACAUACAGCCAACUGUAUUUGGACUCCGUACUAAAAAACAGUUGACAACCAAAUACUCUCCUUAUUUUUUAUUGUAUGGAAGGGAGGCCCGUUACCCAUCUGAAAUACCAGAUAAGUGGCAGAUAUCUGAGGAACGGGUCCACAUCUAUAUGACCAAUGAGGACGUCUGCACCCACACGAACGACCUCAAAGAGGUCUACAAUAAAGUGGAGGCGAACAUUGCUGAGACGCAGGAAAAGGUGCGAAAGAGAAAACUUGCAAAGGGGGAUGAUGACAGCUUCGCAGUGGGGGACAAAGUUUUGCGAAAGAAUAUUUGGGAAGAGCAAAGAAAAGGGGGUAAACUGGAAACCGACUUGUUGGGUCCAUACAUGGCAAUCCAUAUAGAUGGAAAAAGUGCUGACUUGACAACCCUACAAGGGAAAAAUGUUUGCAAAGUGAACAUUGACCAUCUAAAGAGGUACGUGGAACCAGAAGUGCGGAUCCCUGCGAAAUGGAUUGCUGCCACAUCCACUUCUCCUCCAGCACUGCAGCCCAGCCCCGUACGGUGUUUGGGGGUUCCCCAAUCCCCGCCUGUAGCCCCAAAAUCAGACUCCUUAACAUCCAGUCUCUCAUCAUGGCCUGCACCUGCCUCCCCAGAGGAAUUGAUCGCUGACAUAUGGGCGGGGCAACGUCAAGGUGUGCUGUGGAGCAAAGUGGGGCCAUACAAGAUUUUUGCCACGGACCUUCAAAAUUUGGCCCCUGGGAGGCAGCUGGAGAGUGAGCAACAAAAAGAAACAGAAAGCCAAUUCUUUCUGAUUGACUCGUUCCAAAUGACCGCAAUGUGGCAAGGAUCAUUCAGAGGAUUGAGAAAGCUUGACCCCGUGGCCUUCGACAUCCUCAUAGGACCAGUGUUCGACAAACAGCACUGGACACUUGUGGUAAUGUAUCCAAAGAAGAAGCGGGUGCUUUACCUUGAUCCUUUAGGUGAAACUCCGGAACACCUAAAUAAAUGA